AUGACCAUGACAACUACUUCUUCACAGAGAAUCUACAAAUGGAAACCACCUCCAACAAGCUGGCUGAAGUGCAUUGUUGAUGGAGCUUGGUCAAAAGGCAACACCAAGUCGGGGGUGGGAUGGAUUCUCAGAGAUAAAGAUGGCAAAGUUAAGUGGUUGGGAGCUAGAGCAUAUCCAAAGCUGAGAACCUCCGUAGAAACUGAAGUGGAAGCCCUUAGAUGGGCACUGCUAUCAACACUUAGCCUUGGUUAUCAACAGGUCAUUUUUGAAACAGAUGCGCAGGUGGUGUUGAAGGCAAUCAAUGGAGAAGAAGAAUGA